AUGAUAGAAACGAUGUCACAAACAACAACGACAUCGGCUCCAGCUAUUCAGCUGCUCUUACUGAAAGGAUUGGAAUCAACCGAUGCUGGAUCAGGAUCAGGAUCUGGCUUACCGUUGCUCACCCAACGUAACAUUGCUCGACAGAUUGAACUAGUGCGUGAAAUUGGACAAGGAAGAUUUGGGGAUGUGUGGCUGGGUGCUUGGAAGGGCGACUUGGUAGCGGUGAAGAUUUUCUCUUCACGCGAUGAAGGAGCAUGGUCUCAUGAGGUGGAAACGUUCCAAAUCCACAUGCUUCACCAUCCCAAUAUUUUGCAAUUUUAUGCAAGCGAUAGAAAAGAUACUGGCAGUGUGAUGCAAUUGUGGUUAAUUACGGAGUAUCACAGUCAUGGAUCCCUCUAUGAUUAUCUAUCUAACUCUACUAUCAGUCUAAUGACACUUGUGCGCAUGAUACGUGGAAUCGCCAACGGUCUCUCCUAUUUGCACACGGAACUGAUGGGAAUACAAAAGAAACCUGCCAUUGCUCAUCGUGAUAUUAAAAGCAAGAAUAUUCUUGUCAAAGCUGACCUUUCGUGUGCACUAGCGGACCUCGGCCUUGCUGUUCGCUACGAGGCUGGUCAUAUAAGUCUUCCGAACAGCAACAAAUGUGGUACAGUGCGCUACUGUCACUGA